AUGCCAGUUUUCUACAAACAGGCUCAUUUCCGGCCUGUGCCAGCUCCAGUUGGGCCUUUGGUCAUCAAGGUUGAGAUGCCCAUUCCCCCCAAACCCGUCCGCAAAGAGGAUCCUUUCCUGCCUGCCUCGCUUAAGCUGGAGCAGGAUGGACCCGAGUUCCCUGGAGAACUUGAUCCCUUGCAUCGUGUGGUCACCGGACGAGUGAAGCUCCAGGAAGCUGCUCGCCAUGUCGAAAACAUCAUCACCCGUAUCGACCUCCCCGAUACCAGCAUAGUCGAGCAGCGGCGACUGUUCGCAGAGGCAGAGACGCGCCUCAACCACCUUCACGCAGAAAUCCAAGCCAUGGUCGAUGCCAUACGAGUGCGUUCCCGGCUGCUAAACAAGCCCAGAGGCGCAGAGGCCGACGCUGGACUCAGCCUCCAGAAAGACGAAGUCCUGGACCUCCGGAAUAACAUACAAAUGCUCGCCAUGGCGCUCCGCAUGAAGGUGGCCGACGUCCGCCGUCGCAGAAACCUGAAGCCGAGCCGACCGGUCCCCGUCCCCAAGGAAACGCAGAAGCGUUGGGUUUAUCAGAUCGACGAGCCUUGCUGCUACGAGCACUGCAAGCUCGGAAACCUGCCCGAUAAGGGGUCGCCGGAGUCACCGCAAUUUUUCGAGGCCUUGGACAAUUGGGCGUACGAGCAGGCCCUGCUUUUGAAGCAGAAGGAGGAUGAGGCUGCGAAGACUGGAGAGGGACACGAAACGGCGGAAACAGUUGAUACGGAGAUGGUGGAUGCCUGA